UCGGAGAUUCUCUCUCCAAGUUUCUCUCUCCGUCGCCAGCUUCCGAUUGCGCUGGGUCUCUCUACAAUGAUCCCGUCCUCCAAGUCUCCUUUCAAAUCGAACAGUUGCUGAUCACCGCCGCGCUCUCCAAGUUCUUCUCCGACGUCCUUCUCAGAACCUCACCGUCGACGUCGCAGACUUCGAGGCUCCAAAACGGCGCAGUUUCGGUUCAGGAAGCAGUGCGGUUCGGGUUUCGGAGUUCUACUUUCAAAAUGGUCGCCCACCACCUAAUGGACUUAAGAAACAAUGUCUUUCCAGAAUUGAUGAGCUUUUCAGCAGUCAUAUGGAUGGAUUGCAAAUGCGGGAAUUUAAGACGGUUACGAAGGAAGUAUGCCAGCUACCAACAUUGUUAUCUUCUGCUCUCUUUAGAGAGAUAGAUGUGGAGGCAAACAAUCGAAAGGUGAAAGUGUAUAGUAGUAAUUAUACAUUCAUUGAGACCAGAUGGAAGAAGCUCAGAGUUGGUGAUCUUGUCAAGGUGCACAAGGAUGAGUACUUUCUUGCUGAUCUGCUUUUGCUUUCAUCAAGCUAUGAGGAUGGCAUUUGCUAUGUGGAAACUAUGAACCUUGAUGGAGAAACAAAUUUAAAAUUGAACCAUGCACUGGAGGCGACAUCCCAUCUUCAUGAUGAAAAUUCCUUGGAAAGAUUUAGGGCAGUGAUCAAGUGUGAGGACCCAAAUAAAAUGUUAUAUUCAUUUGUUGAGAUUUUGUUCUAUAACGGCAGAGAACACCCACUUUCCUUGCAACAGAUGCUGAAAAAUACAGAAUAUGUCCAUGGAUUUGUUGUUUUCACUGGGCAUGACACAGAAGUGCGGCAAAGUUAGACAGCUCUCUUUUCUUUCAGUGUCUUUUUUUUUUUUUGCCCUUCUUUAAUUAUUGAAUUUCUAGUGUUGCAUGUUGGUCUGUAUGUUAGUUUGGUUCAUGGUAGUUUUGGAGGUUUGGAUUGGUUAAUUGUGCCAACUUGGUCUCAGUUUUGUUUAUAUUCAAGAACUGAUUGUUUGAUUACAAAUUAGAAGUUUAUCCAGAUUA